GUGUGCAUCUCUUUGUGGGACAUCCGCACCCUGUCCAUUGUGGCGAAAGUGAAAAUAAGAGGAAGAAGAAGAAAAAUAAUGGCGAAGUGAAUCAAAGUGUUUGAGGAGAAAGAUAAAAUAAAUUGGUGAGAAGAAAAUUUGCGUGCACUAAAUGGAAAAAUGGAUUCGCAGAGUAGUCAGUCGAGUAGUAAGUCAUCUGCGCAGCCCAUUGAUAGAUUCAAAUUGCUCUACAUGAAUGUGAACGAGGACGAAACCCCGCUGCCAAGAAGCUGGAGCAGCCAAGACAAAUGCAAUACGAUUGGAUUGACCCAAAAUAAUUUACGUGUUCACUACAAAGGAAUUGGGAAGUCACACAAUGAUGCAGCUUCAGUGCGAACAGCCCAUCCAAUACCAGCCACAUGUGGGCUGUACUACUUUGAAGUGAAAAUAAUAUCAAAGGGACGCGAUGGUUAUAUGGGGAUUGGAUUGACGGCGCAGAACUUCAAAAUGAAUCGACUUCCAGGAUGGGAUAAGCAGUCGUACGGAUAUCAUGGGGACGACGGUAAUUCCUUUUCAUCGUCUGGAGCUGGUAAGCCAUAUGGGCCAACAUUCACGACGGGCGAUAUAAUUGGUUGUGGGGUGAAUUUGGUGGAUAACACGUGCUUCUACACAAAGAAUGGUCACCACCUUGGCAUAGCAUUCAGGGACCUGCCGGCAAAAUUGUAUCCCACUGUGGGCCUUCAGACACCCGGUGAGGUGGUUGAUGCCAACUUUGGGCAGGAACCUUUUAAAUUUGACAUCGAAGAUAUGCACAAAGAGCUCAGAGCUGCCACAAAAGCUUCCAUUUAUUCGUUCCCAUUGCCCGCGGAUCAGGGUGAUUGGACGACAAUCCUGCACGAUAUGGUGCAAUCGUAUCUCAUUCACCAUGGCUACAGCGCAACAGCAGAGGCAUUCGCCAAAGCCACGGGACAAUCCUGCAAAGAAGAUAUGCAAUCUGUGAAAAAUCGGCAGAAAAUCCUUAAGCUAAUCAUGUCGGGUCGGAUGGGGAAUGCAAUUGAGCAGACAAUGCGUUCAUAUCCGGGCCUGUUAGAGAGUAACCAAAAUCUCAUGUUUAUGCUAAAGUGUCGGCAAUUUAUUGAGAUGGUAAAUGGAUGUGAUUUCGAUGGUCCCUCCCUUGCGUCGUCCGCAUCGGCGUCUUCGCGAACGAGCCCGGUGCAGACGUCGGUGAUUCAGUCCACAAAGGCAUACCAGAAUGGGGCGACGGUGUCCGUGGGGGCGGCAACAGGUGCUACCCAGAGCAAUGGGACCACCACCACAACAAAUACACUGAUAUCCGAGGAAAUUGCCACCGACAAUCACGACGGGAAGACAAGCAGCGUAACAAGCAAUAGUAGUUCAAAUUACACUCCAAGUAACAACAAUAUGACUGAUGCUCAUCUCAAUCACGUGGAGAUAAACAACCAAAUAAAUUCACACACCUCCAGUGACUAUUGCAAUGAUGUCGAAAUGGAGAAUGGCCAUAUUGCCAAUGGUAAUAGUUAUAAAAAUGGUACUUCAGACAAUAUAAACGACUCAAUAGACGGCGAUGAGAAAAUGGAUGUUGAUAGUGCCGUUAGCAAUAAGUCGAGCAAAUCUGGUGUCGAGAGGAUGCUAGAAUUCGGUCGGGAGUUGUCUCAAAUGAGUCAGAGACUGGAGAAGGAGAAUGGACCCAAUGAGGAUAAUCGAAAAAUGCUAGAGGACGCAUUUAGUUUACUGGCGUAUUCGAAUCCAUGGUCGAGUCCGCUUGGGUGGCAAUUGUGUCCGUCGCGACGAGAAUCAGUCUGUGCCGCACUCAAUUCUGCCAUACUAGAAUCUAUGAACUACCCGUGGAAUUCACCUCUGGCCGUUUGCGUGGCACACGGGUAUGAAUUGCGGAAUCUAAUGGCAAAAUCGGGUCUUGGGGCAUGUGCGUUUGUCGACGAUGUCAUUAGCUAUCACUGACCAACUCCAAAAAAAACGAUCUCCGACAUAAUUUUUUCUAUUUUUAUGAACAUCUAAGUUUCGAUGCAGAAAAAAAUCGGGAAGAAUUACCACUCAUUAUAAAAAAAAAAUAUGUUAACUUGAGAUCGAAGUGGGGAGAAAGGCUGGAGACACGAUGAAGACACGAACGGAUGAAAAAAAGGAUAAAAGAAAAAAAACAAACACAUAGAGAAACACAAUUAAUAAAAAAGAGAUUCUAUAUAAAUAACAGAAGAAAAAAUAAUCUAUAAAAUACAAUAUUUAAAAAAAAAAGAAAAGAAAAAACCCAACAAAUGGAUAAAAUAGUGAAUAUCAAUUUAAAUUUUUAUGUUCAGUGCGAAUGAUGUCCCAAAUAUUUCUUUACUCUUUUUUUUGGAGAUUAAAAUUCGGUUUAAAAUUAUUUGGUUUAAGAUUUAAAAAUGUUUUAUAUGAGUUUACUUUUUUUUUGGAAUGAUAAAAUUUGCUGUAAUUUUUAAUGAGAAAAAAUACAUUUUGCGUUCUAAGCCCA